AUGGUUUCGGAGCCUUGGAUAUUGAAACUGGGAAAUCAGGUGAGUAGCAAUUUAAAGCAUGGUUUACAUCUUAAUAAUUCGAAGAAACUACUGAAUAAGAAACAAGCGCAGGAAGACAAACAGAUUAUUGGGAUACUUUCUUUUGAAGUUGCUAACGUGAUGUCCAAGAUUAUUUACCUGCAUAAAUCUUUGAGUGACCAUGAAAUGGUUAAGUUAAAGAAUCAGAUCUUAAAGUCUGAAGGAAUAAGAACCCUCGUGUCUAAUGAUGAAACGCAGCUUUUAGAACUGGCUCUUGUGGAGAAACUUGAUGAUUUGAACAGGGUUGCUAGUGUGGUAUCUAGGUUAGGGAAGAGAUGUACAAUUCCAGCACUGCAGGGGUUUGAGCAUGUGUAUGGUGACAUUGUUUCUGGGGCGAUUGAUGUUAAGGAGUUGGGGAUUUUGGUGAAGAAUAUGGACAGUAUCGUGAGGAAAAUGGAAAGGUAUGUAAAUUCCACAGCAAGUUUGUACACUGAAAUGGAGGUCAUGAACCAGCUGGAAGCGUCCACCAAGAAGUUUCAGCAGAACCAGUUCGAGGAAAGUAGGAAGGCUUUUGAACAGAAGUUGGUGGGGCAGAAACAAGAUGUGAGUCAUUUGAAGGAUGUCUCACUUUGGAACCAGUCAUAUGAUAAGAUUGUCGAGCUAUUGGCAAGGGCUGUAUCUACAGUUUUUGCACGGAUAUGUAUGUUGUUUGGGAAUGCCCUUUUGAGGGGGUAUACCUCGAGUUUUUCAGCUUCCAGGUCACAGGUUGGUUUUAGCGGAAGUUUGCAGCAUGUGAAGAAAGAAUUUGGGCAGAAAUCAGGUCAAUUGGAUGUAGAGAGUAAGGUUCAAAUGGGUGCUAGUUUGACAAAGUCAGUUUCUACAAAGAAUAAUGGUCAUUUCCAUUCAGGGCCAAUUGAGAAAAGGGGGUUGGAUAAGAAGACUGAAUAUUAUAGGCCUCGAGAUGGGCUGCAGAAAAGUGGAGGUUUGUUUGGUCCCGAGGAUUUCAACUUUGCAUGCGGUAUAGGGCCAGGGAGGUUGUUCAUGGAAUGUUUAAAUUUGAGUAGCUCUGCUUCGAAAGUGGAUGAUGAUUAUGUUAGUCAUGAUGAUCAAAUUAGACCGAUUUCAGGUUGUUUUCGUGUUUCAAGUGGGUUGACAAGAGAGCAAACCAAUCUCUCGGGUUGCUAUUCUCGUUCACAAAAUGGUGAUCCUUUCAGUGGAGAUCUGGGGCAGUUUAAGGCUGGUUUGAUGAAUGGAGCAAGAUUUUGGCUUAAAGGUAGAUUGUUGGCAUAUGCCCCUCCCAACACCGUUGGAGGCUCUGCUUUAGCCUUGCAUUAUGCCAAUGUUAUAAUUGUCAUAGAGAAAUUGCUUCGUUACCCACAUCUGGUUGGCCAAGAAGCUAGAGAUGAUUUAUAUCUGAUGCUACCAACAAGCCUAAGAAAGACUCUGAAGACUAAUUUGAAGUCUUAUGUUAAAGAUAUGGCAAUAUAUGAUGCACCUCUAGCCCAUGAUUGGAAGGAGAGGCUAGAUGGAAUGCUUAAGUGGCUUGCCCCACUAGCGCAUAACAUGAUCAGAUGGCAAAGCGAGCGCAAUUUUGAACAGCAGCAAGUUGUCACUAGAACAAACGUUCUUUUGCUCCAGACGUUAUAUUUUGCCGAUCGAGAAAAGACAGAGGCAGCCAUCUGUCAGCUACUCGUUGGUUUAAAUUAUAUAUGUGGCUAUGAGCAUCAACAAAAUGCUCUAUUGGACUGUGCAAGUAGUUUUGAUAUAGAAGACUCCAUGGAAUGGCAAUAG